AUGUCUCACGAAUCCGUCUGGAACUCGAGGCCCCGUACCUACGGCAAGGGAGCUCGCGGCUGCCGUGUCUGCACCCACAAGGCCGGUCUUAUCCGCAAAUAUGGCCUUAACAUCUGCCGUCAAUGCUUCAGAGAGAAGGCCGCAGACAUCGGUUUCGUCAAGCACCGUUAAGCACCCACGAGAUGUUAGUAGCCUAUCGAAUCGAAUCGAGUGAUGGGCUGUGGUACUCGGAUC